AUGGAUACUCCAAUGACCAAUACCUCUUCCUUCACCCCCGCCUAUACGGUGUCAUCUCCUCACCUUUAUCCUCGCCCGCCUAUGUCCUCUCACAUCUCAGACUUCCACCUUACCCUCCUACUUCCCGUUUUAACAUACUGGCUCACUGCUCUCUUCUGGUCUAUCAUCUCAUAUUAUGAUAUCUGGUCUAGCUACCGCAUUCAUACACCAGCCGAAAUCGAAAGUCGCAAUCGUGUCACAAUCCCCCAAGUCCUGCGCUCUAUUCUCGGACAGCAGCUAUUCCAGACGGCAUGGGGAUUAUUCUUAGGCUAUUGUGUUCUUGGAACUCAAGAGAUGGUAGGGUCAGAGGAUUAUGAUAUUGCUAUGUGGGCGGAGAGGGUUGUGAAAGGAUAUUCCUGGAUACAGUGGAGCUUGAGGAUGAGCAUGAUGGGCUUGGGAUUAGAUCUUGCGAACUCCAAAGGGUCUUUGCAUCUUCCGGUCCGUGUUAAUAUCAAUACGUCUGAUGGAGGAAUUAUUGCGUGGGAGAUGGUAGUCGCGCAAGUGAUAUAUUGGCUUCUUGCACCUGCAGCUCGAUUCGCGAUUUGCAUAUUCGUUAGCGACGCAUGGCAAUAUUUUGGACAUCGAAAUAUUCACUCCCUACACCACCGCGUCAACGCACCUUACGCAUUCGCUGCAUUUUACAAUACUCUUACCGAAUCAUUUAUCAUGGAUACCUGUGGAGUCAGCGUUGCGUUUUACUUUUCCGGACUUCACCUGCGUGAAGCUUUGGUCUUUUCUAUCGUCAGCGUGUUGAAAGGCGUCGAUGAUCACUGUGGAUACAGACUCCCAUGGAAUCCCAUCCAAUGGUUGGGCGAACAAGAUACUUCGUUUCAUGAUAUACAUCACCAGACUUGGGGUGCUACCACAAAUUACUCGCAGGUUUACACAACAUUCUGGGAUCAUGUUUUGGGAACGAUAUCUAGAAAGACUCCGGAGGAGAUAGAGGAGCUUUACAAGAAGGGAAGAGAGAAUGCGGAAAAGGCUAAGAAAGCUAAUUGA